AUCAGCUCAGUGUGAUAUCACUUUAACAGUUCGCCUGACUAUCCGUAUUUCAGUGCGGGCGCCCUGGCAGAGCUCUUGAGUAAUCAUUCUUACGACUUCAGACUGUUGCUAGCAGGUCUUCUUUAUACCUCGGACAAUUAUCUAUCAUCCUGGUCUUUUAACCUUUGAGAAGUUUGAGAGAAUGACAUAAUCAUGACGUCAGAGUGAUAGCUUGGGAUGACUGAAAUGCGAGAUCGGUCCGUUCUAAUGUUAGACAGUCGAACCCCGUUGGCGGAGAACAUUGGGUUUGCUCUUUUUGCAUUCGAUAAGAGCCAGUACUAUGAGGAGUUUUCUAACAACUAUCAGGAGAUGCUUUCUCCUAUUUAUUUCCCUAUUAGGGAUUGCCACUGCAGCUGUUCGUUAUGACAACUAUAAAGUCGUCCGUAUUUCACCAGAGACCGAAGAAGAUCUUUUAUGGGUUAAAACAUUAGCAGACGUGUGGGAAAACAGGGUUGAUAUAUGGAAGCACCCGCGAUUGGUCGAUAGUCCUGUUGACGUCAUGGUAGCCCCUCACUGGCAGACUGAGUUCUUCGACGUUCUCAAUGAUCAGGGCAUUGGAUACACAGAAAUGAUUGGUGAUGUCCAAGAGCUUGUAAAGGCGGAAGCAGAGGCAGUUUCCAGAAGAAAACGAAGCACUAAAAUCAAACUUGAAAAUGAUGAGUUUGAUUACUCAGUCUAUCACAGACUGGAAGAUAUUUAUAAAUGGAUAACGGAUACAGCGAAUGAACAUUACACGAUAGCGACUCAGGAGCAACUUUCAACAUCACAUGAAGGUCGUCCAGUUACAGCUAUAAAGAUCGGCUCACCCGGUAACCAAGACAACAAGCCUAUAGCCUACAUCCAAGGUGGUAUCCAUGCUCGAGAAUGGAUUAGUCCUGCUACCAUGAUGGGACUUGCCAAGAAGCUUAUCGAUGGAUACACGACGAGUGAUAAGGUGAAAGCAAUGUUGGAUAAAUUUGAUUGGUAUAUUGUUCCUGUUUUGAACCCCGAUGGUUACUUAUACACAUGGACAAAUGAUCGGAUGUGGCGUAAAAACAGGCGCAAACCAGACGGGAAUGUCUGCACAGGAAUAGACCUCAACAGAAAUUAUGGAUAUGAAUGGGGAGGUCGGGGAUCAAGUGCAGCAAGCUGCAGUGAGACCUACAGGGGUCCUGGCCCACUAUCCGAACCAGAACAUCAAGGUGUAUCAAGCUUCCUCCUGGAGAAGCAGAGAACCAAUGGUGUCCAUCUCUUCUUGGAUGUCCACAGCUACGGACAGUACUGGCUUUACCCCUGGGGUUACACGGCUUCCAAAGCUGACCCCCUCCCAGACAGACGUGAUCUGAGAUCUCUUGCGCUGGCUGCUGAAGACGCUAUCACGGCUAAACAUGGCUUGGAUUACUUUGUUGGACAAUCAGGACCUGAUUUCUAUCCAGCAGCUGGUGCUAGCGAGGAUUGGGGGUACGGUGAGCUCGGAGCCAAGUACACAUACGUGAUCGAACUCAGGGACGAGGGCAAAUAUGGCUUCCUGCUCCCAGAAAGGGAGAUUCAAUUCACCGUUGAAGAGAUGUUCGAAGCUCUUCUAGUUGUCGGCGAUCGUCUCAUCUCUGAGUUUGCAUCGUGAUCGUCGUCGCACUCCAUCUCAUUAAGCAGAAUCUCAGUGAACGUGGUGCAAUCAGGGAGUGGGGAUAUCGGUCCUUUUUUUUAAAUUAUUUUAAUAGCAGGGUGCCUUUUUAAUGGUCAUUUCAGCAAAAAAAGGGUUAUCCAUUCUUAGGAGGGAGAUCUGAAAAAGUAACUGUCUACCCAUUGUAUAGACAAAAUCGGUUUAAUUAUAUAGGGCAAAUCAUAUAUUGUUUUUCACUCAUUUUUAUUUCAUUUAUUUUUAAAUUUAUUGAUUGAUUUAUUUCAAUUUUUUACAAAGAGUAAUUUCAAUUUGGAAAAUCCUUUCAGGAAAUUACAUGCACUAUUAAACAAUAUGGGAAUAAACAAUAAAUGUGAAUGUCCUUGCUGAAAAAAAUCAUGACUAUCUAUC